AUGAAAGUCCUAAAAUCCUCUUGUGAUGCCAUGACACUCGAGAAAUUGGGCAAAACAGUCGUCCAUCAUACGUCUGCCCAUGGCAUCCCCAACAUCUUCCGCUCAAGGCACUGGUUCCGACGGCUGGUUUGGUUGACCUUUGUGAGUUUUGCACUUUGCUGUGCCCUCUGGCAGUGUACCGAGAUGGUCAUGACGUACUACACCUACCCAUCGCACGAGAAGAUCAUGCUUAUCUCCAGUGCCAAGCUCAAGUUCCCAGCGGUCACCAUCUGUAACUUAAACAGCGUUAAGCUCUCCUCCUUAAAGCGUAGCUUCACCAUGGCCACUUCACUGCACGUAGGUAGCGAUGCCCUUACCGCUCAUUGCCCUUUUCAUCUUUCCAUGUUUGUUGCAUGCUCAUAUUAUUCGAGGACAACUUGUCCUUUAUUUAUAAUACAGUGCAUAUGCUACUUGAGCUGCUGCACUCAGUGCUGUACACUAGGUUAAUAUGGUCAGAGCUAACUAUUAUCUUUGUGCUAUGUAUAUGAAAAUAUGAUCUGACUAGACAAAGUAUAAGGGCUGGCAAAAUCUUGUUUUAUAAUGCUGCAUGUUGUCAUGCCUCCCGGAAUUCAUUUUUGCUUGUGAAAUGUAUUUUAAUAAUUGUACUUGUGAGCAGACUGUAUCUUGGUUUUUACACACUUGCCAUAUGUAUGAAGAGAUACUGUGUUGCAACGUUUGUACACAGAACAAGUUGCAGGGGUAGUCAAUACAUCUCCAGGGUGCUUGAUUUAGCCUAAAUUGAUUUUGAUGCUUCACUUAUUAUCUGAAGGUUUAAUACUGAACAGGGAAUAUGCUAUCUGUCUGUCUAUCUAUCUAUUUAUCUAUCUAUCCAUCCAUCCAUCCAUCUAUCUAUCUAUCCAUCUAUCUAUCUAUCUAUCCAUCUAUCUAUCCAUCCAUCCAUCCAUCCAUCUAUCUAUCUAUCCAUCUAUCCAUCCAUCUAUCUAUCCAUCUAUCUAUCCAUCUAUCUAUCCAUCCAUCUAUCCAUCCAUCCAUCUAUCCAUCUGUCUGUCUGUCUGUCUAUUUCUAUCUAUCUAUCUCCUCUUUUGGCUUCAGUUUUCCCCCCUUUUUCUAUACAAUGUCUGUUUAGUGUAGAGCACGGGUCCUCAAACCCUGGCCCCCCAAGUGUUGCUGAACUACAACUCCCAUGAUUCUCUGGCUAUCUAUGUAAUUCAAAGAAUCAUAUGAGUUGUAGUUUAGCAACAUCUGGGGGACCAGAGUUUGAGGACCCAUGGUGUAGAGUAAUCAUAUAUAUUUGUAAUGUAUAUAUAUAUAUAUCCUGUAGCACUAAUAGAAGCAGGUUUUCACCACUUUAAACGUGAAUAAAUGAAUAAAUGGGUUUAGAAACCAAUCAGUAAAUCAAAUACCAUGGUCUUGUGCUAAAUUACUUUUUUUCUGUUGCAUAAAUGUGUAUCUGUAGGUCAUUCAGUCACCUAAACUGUACAGGAUUAGCCCAGCUCCUGUCCGCACCCCCUAAAACAAAAGUGCACCUCUAAGCCCAUGUAAAAUAUUGGGGGGCCUAUGUUGCGUUAUCACAGUAUGCCCAUAUUACAGCCUCCCAUUCAGAGCCGACAUCAGGGUGGUACAGCCAGUACAGCUGCAGAGCUCUAUAUACCCCCAAUUCUGCACGGAAGCUUGUCAGUUCACUAAACUCGGAUUUCUCACAGAUUAAUUCACGUCAAAUCGGAGAGAUAGAUAGCUGGUCUGGAUAAGUUCUCCAAAUCAGCGAUCGUCACAGCUUGGCUAUUUUCGCCUCAGUUUUGCUAUUCAAUAUUAAUUUGCAAAAAUUCGGAGCUUAGUGAAUAACCGUGUGCGUGUGUCUGUCCCUGAACAGGUGGAGAAUAAUAAAUAAAUGAAUGAAUAAAUAGAGAAUAGGGCGUCAGGCGCACACAUUGACUCCCUGUUUAUUCCCUUUAGGACUCAGGAUUGGAGUUAACCCAUCGUAGGAACCGUUCGCACAGUAACAAUGGCUCCUCUGAGUUCGCAGAUGAACACAUUCAAUACACGAGCGCCUUCAACAAGUUCGCGUCUGAAUUUAACCAGCUUUCCGAUGAGCAGAAGGUGGAGAUGGGCCAUCAGCUGGAGGAGAUGCUGAUAUUCUGCAGUUUUCAUGGUCAGGAAUGUAACUCCAGGUAUAUUAACCCUCUCCAGGAGGGAGUGUCUGCUCAUCAGGUUCAGAGGUAGACAGAUUUAAGAUGUUUGUGGAUCCAUUCUACUAUGCUCCAUAUGUUAUUUUAAUAUGUGCAUAUAGUAGAUUCUCUGAGAAUCUACCUAUUCACGCUAAGAAUCUGAAAAUCUGUGCAUUAACCCUGAGGAUCUAACCAUUCACCCAGAGAACCUGCCUGUUUAACUGAGAAUCUAGCCAUUCACCUAGAGUACCUGCACAUUUACCCUGAGAAUCUAAUCAUUCGCACAGAGAAUCUUCCCAUUUGCCCUGAGAAUCUAACCAUUCACCCAGAGAAUCUGCCCAUUUAGCCUUAAAAUCUAACCAUUCACCCAGAGAAUCUGCUUAUUUGCCACGAGACCCUGAGAAUCUGCAAUCUUUCUUCUUGAAUAUUUGUCUUAUAUAGAUUAUAUGAAAAUACUGCAAUAUGUUGCUGUCUUUCCCCUUAAGAAUCAAUUUCCAGUAACUAUACAGAAAAUUUCUGAUUACGGCACAAUCCAAAGGGGUAACUAAAGUACAGAGUCUCUCCCAUUUAAUAAUGUUUUACUCUCACUUUUAAUAAUGUUUUACUCUCCCAUUUGAUGAGGUUUUACGUUCGUGUUUAAUAGCUUGAAACCGUCUCUCAGUGUCUCUUAUUACAAGCUCUUGAACAGCCGCGAUUUUAAUGCCAUAAUUAUGAGAAACCUGCCGAUUUUUCUUUUAUUAACAGAAAUAAGGAAAUGAUGGGUAACUCCUUGUCCUUUAAUUCUCCUCUUUCAUCCUGCGUAAAGCAUUCAAAACGGACAAUCGAUACAAUGAACUUCCCCCACACUUUACAUUCAGUAUAAAAUCUGUGAUAUGUUCUGAAGCGACACAGGAUACUCUCCCUAUAUCUCAUAUAGGGUGUAUGUGUGUGGGGGGGUCAGGUAUGGAGAUGGUGUAAUGGAGAGUGAUUUAUAAAUGACAACAAUAGUCAUUAAAUAUUUGUAGUUAUGACACAACACAAGAAAUAUGGAGACUAUGGAGACAUCUUCAGAAUGAGUAUGGAGUCUGUGAAGAUCUGUCUGAUUAGUGAGAGAUACUAUCUAGAGAGUAUUCACAGUAUUUAAAUAGAUCUCUGCAGGUAGGGUUAUUAUGGACCAGCAGGGCAGGUGAAGCUAUAUGUGUUCCAUGUUGGUAGACAUGUUUCAUUUGGGUGGAAUUAAAGUGAAGAUCAAGAUGAAAACAUGACAGACAUAGCAGGUAUGAUGUAGAGGUUACUUGAGAUUGGCUGAGUGAUGUAAAGCAAUGUCGGUGACAUAGUUGGUUGUGGAGGGGGGUGGGGUGGUCAGUAUAUAUUACACACCCACCAACAUAACAAACAUAACAUAAACUCGUUCAAAUUGUUAUUUUGGCAGGGGUAUCUUGGCAUCUUUUUACCUUUAGGAGUUAACUCAUUUUGAAGCAGUUUAACCCUGAAGUUGGGGCUCGUGCACCCCAACACUGCUGCUGCUUGGCUUCCAUCCGCUCUGUCUCCACUGGCAACCGGUGAUAGGCUGAGAGUGUCAGCUGAAUGUCUCGGCCUAUCAAUGGUUGGCUUAGUACGUACUACUCCUCUCAAUGGACUUUCAGUGAUAGGCUGAGAGCGUCAGCUCAAUGUCUCAGCUUAUCAAUGGUUGGCCUAGUACGUACUACUUCUGUCAAUGGACUUUCAGUGAUAGGCUGAGAGUGUCAGCUGAAUGUCUCGGCCUAUCAAUAGUUGGCCUAGUACGUACUACUUCUCUCAAUGGACUUUCAGUGAUAGGCUGAGAGUGUCAGCUUAAUGUCUCGGCCUAUCAAUGGUUGGCUUAGUACGUACUACUUCUGUCUAUGGACUUUCAGUGAUAGGCUGAGAGCGUCAGCUCAAUGUCUCAGCUUACCAAUGGUUGGCCUAGUACGUACUACUUCUCUUAAUGGACUUUCAGUGAUAGGCUGAGAGUGUCAGCUUAAUGUCUCGGCCUAUCAAUGGUUGGCCUAGUACGUACUACUUCUCUCAAUGGACUUUCAGUGAUAGGCUGAGAGUGUCAGCUGAAUGUCUCGGCCUAUCAAUGGUUGGCCUAGUACGUACUACUUCUCUCAAUAGACUUUCAGUGAUAGGCUGACAGUGUAAGUUGAAUGUCUCGGCCUAUCAAUAGUUGGCCUAGUACGUACUACUUCUCUCAAUGGACUUUCAGUGAUAGGCUGAGAGUGUCAGCUUAAUGUCUCAGCUUAUCAAUGGUUGGCCUAGUACGUACUACUUCUCUCAAUGGACUUUCAGUGAUAGGCUGACAGCGUAAGUUGAAUGUCUCAGCCUAUCAAUGGUUGGCCUAGUACGUACUACUUCUCUCAAUGGACUUUCAGUGAUAGGCUGAGAGUGUCAGCUGAAUGUCUCGGCCUAUCAAUGGUUGGCCUAGUACGUACUACUUCUCUCAAUGGACUUUCAGUGAUAGGCUGACAGUGUAAGCUGAAUGUCUCGGCCUAUCAAUGGUUGGCCUAGUACGUACUACUUCUCUCAAUGGACUUUCAGAGAUAGGCUGAGAGUGUCAGCUCAAUGUCUCAGACUGUCAGUGACUGCCUAUUGAAAGAAUUAGUAUGUACUAUGUCUGUCAAUGGACCUCCAGUGAUUGGCUGAGAGUGCCGCCUGACAAUUCUUCCACAUACCGCAACGCAGAGAGGAAGGUGCCGAGGGGGCAAGGAACCUCAACUCCUGUAAGAAAACAACCAGAUACUCCUGCCCCAUAACAGCUUAAAUGAGCUUAAGUUGCCUGAGUGUUCCUUUAAUUGAAAUUUGGAGGAAAAGUAAUAAAAUCAGAAUUCAGUAAAUAAAACACAAGUAACUACGGUAAGUGGAAAUAUCAGAUCAAGUGUAUCUUCAAAUGCCUCAUUAGUUAGUAGCACACAAGAUCCCUUAUUAAAAAUGUACAAAUUUGUAGGAAUUAAUAAAAAUAACACUUUCUGACUUAUGAAGGAUUUUCAGGGCUGUAAUCUAAAGUGAGAAUUGAUGGGCCAACACAGAAGAACAUAAUUAAUCCCCCAAAUGAAUUAUGAUUCCGUUUUGGCUACAUUGGCCUUACCUUUAAAAGUCACUUUGAAUUCAUACCAAUUCCCACUGCCCUGUCUGCCUUUAAAGCCGCAAUGUGAAUUGUUAGUAUAGAUCUCACCCACAAUGUUUACCUUGAGACUGGCAGAAUAGCUUAAACUUUAACCCUGUAAGGACCAAACUUCUGGAAUAAAAGGGAAUCAAGACAUGUCACUCAUGUCAUGUGUCCUUAAAGGGUUAAUGGCCUUUGCAGCGGUACUAACAGCCUUUGAGGAUUUCCAUUUGUACAUUGGUAACUGUUUUGACCUAACAGAUCAUUUAUCUAAAGUCAUUAUUUCUGAGAAUAAUCUCAGUAUAGCUUGUCUAUGGUGAUUGUUACAAUAAAACAAUAUAAUGUUAAUCACUUAUCUCCUUCUCUUUUAUUCUGAUUACAGUUACUUCUCUAUGUUUAUUAACUAUAAAUUCGGAAACUGUUUCACCUUCAACUCUCAGAAACCCAUAGAAUUCAGAGGGAGCCCUGUUAGUAUGCAGCCUCUCAAUAUAACCAAAGCUGGCUUCAUGUAUGGUGAGUCUCGUGGCCAUGAAAGAGAAACACAUAGACUUGGGGUCAGUUCAGCACAUGUAUACCAUAAAUUGCAAACCAUCACACACAUCACACAAUGCAAGCAGGUGAUAACACUGUAUGUUACCCAGUAGUCCAGUGCUAAGGUCAUCUCAGCCCCCAUAGACCAAUGCUAUGGAAAUCUGAGCCAUAUUGACUUGAUUUUCACUACAUACAGAGCUGAGAUUGUCUGAGAUUAGCUGAGAUAAGGCCUUUAAACCAGGUCCGUAGUGACUUGAGGCUAGCAUUUGAGGCUAAGUGCUAAGAUACCUUUAAUGCUGGUCUGUGGAUCUCAGUUGUCCUUAGUACUUGUGUGUUGGUAAAGAAGUGACCUUAUCAUUGGGGUUUGAGAAAACCAUCUUGUGGGGUUGAUCACUAGUGUUUGGCACUGAGAUGACCCGAGAUUGAGAUAAUGGGAGAUAAUAUGAGGCUGGUCAAUGACUGAGAAGACUUGCAAUCAAGACUGAGGUGUUAUAGGUCAUCCAGUUGGGUUAGCUUGGUUUAGGUGAUAUCUUCUUCCAUAGACUAGCCUCAGGUCAUAUUAACCCCCUAGUGCUCAUCUUGGGUUAACUCAGCCCUCUCAGAAUCGCCUUAGGUGACGUGACUCUAAACAUAGAAGCAAUACAUUUGUUUAAUUCCCCAUAGACAAAUCUAAGGUCAUGUCAUCCCAUAUAGAUCAGCUUCAAGUGUUCCCAUCCUUUACAGACCACAUCAGAUAUUUUCAUUCCACAGACCAGGGCUAAAGACAAUUCAUUUCCUUGUAGAUAAGUCUCAGGUUAUCUUAUCCCCUGUAAUCAGCUUUAAGUCUCAUUAUCUUCUUCAGUCUUUAGGCCAACAUCAGAUCAUUUCAUACCACACAAGCCAACCUCAGAUCAUCUCAUUCCUUAUAGACUAGUCACAGAUCAUCUUACCUCCUAUAGACCAAUAUCAGAUCAUCUUAUCUCCUAGAGACUAGCCUCAGAUCACUCCUACCUUAUAAACCAUCAUAUAGCCUAAAGAGCAGUCUUAGAUCAUGUGUCUUGUAGAGCAGCCUCAAUUAUCGUAUCUCCUACAGACCAGCCUUGAUCAUCUCAUCUCCUAUAGUCCAGCCUUAGAUCAUUUUAUACCCUACAGACUAGCCUCAGAUCACUAAUCCCUUAUAGACCAGACUUAGAUCAUCUCUUAUCAGCCUCGAUCAUCUCAUCUCUUAUGGACCAGCCUCAGAUUGCCUUUAGUAUACCACAGGCCCAAUAACCAGGCCCAUAGUUAUCUCAGAAAAACAGAGGAAUAGUACAUACAGUGAGAACAAUGUAAGUGUGAUCAAACACCUGAGUGGGAAACCCCUUAUACCACUCUCAAAUAAACAUAAAGGCAAUACAUACAGUAGGUGGAUCACACUUCCUACAAUAUCUACAAGGAAAUAGAAACAACAAUAUAGUGUAGUAUAUUGGACAAAUUGUCCAAUAUACUACACUAUAUUGUUGUUUCUAUUUCCUUGUAGAUAUUGUAGGAAGUGUGAUCCACCUACUGUAUGUACUGCCCAUAGUUAUCUCAGUCACCUGUGACUGGAUUUAUGGUUGGUACACCAGUCAGAGUGUAACAAGCUAGUACAUUUAAGCAGAUCUGUUUGUACUUCUUUAUCAAGGCAACAUGGUUACUGUUGAAACAGAAUGCAUUAUUAAAUUUGAUUUCGUUCUUUCUUUCUACAUUUUAAAAUACUCGAAAUGAUAUAUUAUUUAUUUAUAUAUGUGGUGCUAAUCAAUUCUGCAACAUUAAAUACAAACAACAUGCUGCACACACCUAUGGCACAUCCUUAUUUCCUUAUUACCGGCGUGUAUAUCUGACAGGGCUGCACUUGGAGCUGUUUAUUGAACAGAUUGAGUAUGUCAGAGACAUUACGCAUGCGGCCGGUAUCCGUCUCCUCAUCCAUGACCAGACUCAGAUGCCAUUCCCGGAAGAUGAAGGCGUCAAUGUUCCUCCAGGAGCUGAAACCGAUAUUGGGAUGAUGAAGGUGAUUAAGUAAAGGGUGUAGUGAAAAUGAUCGUUUUCUACCAAAAAUGCAGCUCUGGGAUUGGCAGAGGGAAUUGGGUGGGAUUGGGAUUUCCCAUGACGUAAUUGGCAUCACUGGCAAUAUCCCUGUCCGUCAAGGCCUGCAAUUCCUCCCAAGAGCAGCACAAGUACUCACGUUGCACUUUACCCCAGUCCUCCUGACAUUGUGUGCCAGAGCUGCUCUGUCGGGUGGUCAGGACUUCUGUAAUGUGUCACAUGAUAAAAUCGUGGGACGUGACAAGUCUGUAAAGGAGUCAUUUAUUUAUUCACCAAACCGUGAGUUGUUGGAAUUGACAAACGAAGGCAACUGCAUAAUUUAGGCCAUAAUUUGUCACGUUGACAGUACCUUUUUCAUUUUGGUUGUUUUAGUCUUAAAUUUGCAGUUUUCCAUAAUUACAAUUUUUGUGAAUACAGCUUUUGAAAGUGAGUCCAAAAUGAAUUUCAGAUUUAAGGACAAAGUAGCCAAACUAUUUUGACUCACUCUAGUGAAAAACCGUAUAAAUGAGAAUAAAAUAACUUUUCUCCACUUUUAAAUUGUAUUUUGAUAAUUUGCCACUAGAGGGACUCCUGCACUGCUUACAAAAUUCAGACACCAUAAAUGCGCUUUCUAAACGGCAGGCCAUUAAUUCCAGACAUCCCGUACUGAAAAAAAGAAAUUUGAUCUUUCAAAAACACAAACAUAUUUUUUCUUCUUUUUCUUACAAAAGUGUGUACUGUCAGGCAUUUAAAGUGAAUUCAAAGAAAAUUUCAAAAUUUGGGGCAAAGCAGUAGAUUUAAAAAGAAUAUCCGAGUCAGAUGUGUUUUCCGAUAAGCUAGGAUCUUAGAGGAACACUCCAAGCACCAUAACAACUUAAUCUCGCAGGAUAUUACCUAUCUUAAAGGCUUAAACUGUUUAUGAUGGAUUUAACCCCAAAGUUGCCCAGACAGCUCCUGUCUGCUCUGCCUCUCUUUCUCUUCCUCCAGCAUCAAAUAGGAUGCCUGGAACUGGGCAUUUAACCCCUUAAGGUAAUAUAGAGCUCAGGACCUUCAGUCACGGAGUGUAGUUUAAGGCCUAAAACUUGGAAUUGGCUGAGCAUUGUGGGCGUUUUAGUUCACAAGCCUUCGGGGUGCUGAGGUGAGCUGUCACUAGUCUUAGAGUCCAACCAGAUUGGAAGAAACUCUGACACAUUGCUGUUUUAAAGGAAAAUCUGUGUUUUACAUUAAAGGACCACUAUAGUGCCAGGAAAACAUAUUCGUUUUCCUGGCACUAUAGUGCCCUGAGGGUGCCCCCACCCUCAGGGACCCCCUCCCACCCGGCUCUGGAAAGGGGAAAAGGGUUAAAACUUACCUUUUUCCAGCGCUGGGCGGAGAGCUCUCCUACUCCUCUCCGCCUCCAAUCCGCCCCGUCGGCUGAAUGCGCACGCGCGGCAAGAGCUGCGCGCGCAUUCAACCGGUCACAUAGGAAAGCAUUCAUAAUGCUUUCCUAUGGACGCUGGCGUGCUCUCACUGUGAAAAUCACAGUGAAAAGCACGCAAGCGCCUCUAGUGGCUGUCAAUGAGACAGCCACUAGAGUGAAUGGGGGAAGGCUUAACCCAUUCAUAAACAUAGCAGUUUCUCUGAAACUGCUAUGUUUAUGAAAAAAUGGGUUAACCCUAGCUGGACCUGGCACUCAGACCACUUCAUUAAGCUGAAGUGGUCUGGGUGCCUAGAGUGGUCCUUUAAAGGAACACUAUAGUCACCUAAAUUACUUUAGCUAAAUAAAGCAGUUUCACUGCUCAAUUCACUGUCAUUUAGGAGUUAAAUCACUUUGUUUCUGUUUAUGCAGCCCUAGCCACACCUACCCUGGCUAUGAUUGACAGAGCCUGCAUGGAAAAAAAAAACUGGUUUCACUUUCAAACAGAUGAUUUACCUUAAAUAAUUGUAUCUCAAUCUCUAAAUUGAACUUUAAUCACAUACAGGAGGCUCUUGCAGGGUCUAGCAAGCUAUUAACAUAGCAGGGAUAAGAAAAUCUUAAUUAAACAGAACUUGCAAUAAAGAAAGCCUAAAUAGGGCUCUCUUUACAGGAAGUGUUUAUGGAAGGCUGUGCAAGUCACAUGCAGGGAGGUGUGACUAGGGUUCAUAAACAAAAGGGAUUUAACUCCUAAAUGGCAGAGGAUUGAGCAGUGAGGCUGCAGGGGCAUGCUCUAUACACCAAAACUGCUUCAUUAAGCUAAAGUUGUUCAGGUGACUAUAGUAACCCUUUAAUGAUACAGUAUCAAACUGUGUACAUUAAUACCCCAUGAUAUCGAUUUAUAUUGCAUAGAGCUCUGUAGUGCUAAUAAUAUCGCUGAAAGACUUGUAUGAUAUGAUAUAGUGAUUUCACUUUAAUUAGUAUUUUUUUUUUAGGUGCACAUCGAGAGAUUAAAGGCCCCAUAUGGCAGUCAGUGUACGGAGGGUGAAAAUAUAAAGAAUUUUUAUAAAGAGGCCUAUGGUGCUGGAUAUACAAGAGAGGUACGUAUAUAUGUUUAUAUUUUUACACUCUGAGUAUUACGGGGCUGAUUUACUCUGCAAUAAAAAAAAGACAUUCCGUGACAGUCGUUAUUGAAAUUUUAUUGCUAUAUAGCUGUUUUUUGACUGGAAGGCUCCACAGGAAAGUUAUCAUCUCUGAUGCAAACCGUCUUCCUUUUUGCAGUAUUGGAAGGUAUGACAUUUGGCCGGGUGGUAGGGGGCGUUACUAGUAAUGACCACAAUGGACGCAGGCUUACUUGGAGUUGUAUGUGCCAGUCCACUGAAGGAGCGUUAGCCUAGCAUCUAACACGGCAGGCUGGCAGACAGCCUCCCGGCCAGCCCACAAUACACAGAACUAUUGUAAACACUGAGAUGUUAGGCGCUAAUAAUGAUGCAUUUGCACUAUGCUGCCUGGGGACAGUUCCCCGGUUCACCUGGAUGCAGAACACCAGGGAACAAAAUUGGGAUAGUUGGACAGAUCCCCGAAUUCAGAACUAUACCAAUAAAAGUGGGACAGUUGAGAGAGCUGGUUUUGUUAUUUCUUGAUACAUGUAACCUGAGUGUAGGUAUGUUUUAAAGGGACACUAUAGUCACCUGAACAACUUUAGCUUAAUGAAGCAGUUUUGGUGUAAAUCCCUUUGUUUAUGAACCCUAGUCACACCUCCCUGCAUGUGACUUGUACAGCCUUCCAUAAACACUUCCUGUAAAGAAAGCCCUAUUUAGGCUUUCUUUAUUGCAAGUUCUGUUUAAUUAAGAUUUUCUUAUCCCCUGAUAUGUUAAUAGCUUGCUAGACCCUGCAAGAGCCUCCUGUAUGUGAUUAAAGUUAAAUUUAGAGAUUGAGAUACAAUUAUUUAAGGUAAAUUACAUCUGUUUGAAAGUAAAACCAGUUGUUUUUUUCAUGCAGGCUCUGUCAAUCAUAUCCAGGGGAGGUGUGGCUAGGGCUGCAUAAACAGAAACAAAGUGAUUUAACUCCUAAAUGACAGUGAAUUGAGCAGUGAAAUUGCAGGGGAAUGAUCUAUACACUAAAACUGCUUUAUUUAGCUAAAGUAAUUUAGGUGACUAUAGUGUUCCUUUAAUUAAUAAAGCCAUGCAGCAAGAGAAGUUAUUUAACAUUCUAGCAAGAGAAAAAUUCCUAAAAAAAAAAAAAAAUGAAAACACACAGCAUAUUGUAAGGGUUACAAAAAGAAAUGUAAUAUUAAAAAAACAAAAGAAAAAAGAAAACAUGAAAACAUUUCUGAUCUGUUUUGAAAGCAGCGAGACACAUUGUUUUUCUGCUUCACUAAUUAGUGGUGCUUAGUUCCACGUUGGAAGAGCUGAGGUCAUAGAUGAGUUGUAUCAUGUGAGCUGGUUAAUCAAAGGAAAUGAAACCUGUCCAGGGUUAACCAAAUAAGGGAAGUAUCUGAACUCCUUGCCAGAUUUGAAACAAUCUAGAAUAACAAUUGUAUCUGGAAACAAUGAGAAUCUCAACCAAUGACGUGUUCAUUAUAAUACUGAAGCUUAUACUGGGUGCUGAGUGUAGCUAAGUAAAAAUAUUCAUCAAAAAACAACUCUUACAUUUUUUUUCUUUAAUUUAAAUAUAGGAUUACUCCAUUCAUCAUAACCACUACAGCCCGUAUUAAAGUUUCACUUUAAAAAAUACUAGUUUUAAAAAAUAACAUAAACGGUAUAAACUAUACAUUUUUACCUGAAGUAUGUAGAUAGAACUAAAAUAAAUUUCUUGAACUAAAAAACAAAACAAAAAAAACUACUUCAUGCAAAAAAUAAAUAAAUAAUAAUAAUAAAUAGUCUGUUGAAUCCUAAAAAAAGUGAUUGGGAAGAAAAUGUGGACCUUAUACCUGGCACACCUCCGGCAGCCACCGAUGUUUAAAAGAUUCUAAUUACUAUGUUUCUAUAUUUCCCCAAUCGCCAGGCGUGUAAGAGAACAUGCGCACAGCAGAACAUCAUGGAGAAUUGUGGCUGCAGUCACUGGGAAUUUGCCUAUCCAAAGGAGCUGUUCGUUCCCAAGUGUAAUCUCAGCGAUACAGCUGUCCGUGAGUAACAAGAAUGACGAGAUGCUUUGUUAUUACAUAGAUGAUCAGGCUGCAAAGGAAUAAUGAGAAUUAUAAAGCAAGGGUUAUCAUAUUUUCUAUCUGUGCAAUAAGGCAGCUGCCCCUGUUCCCUUCCUCUGAGGGGAUGGCAAGCAAAUAUUGGCCUUGUGGCAAGUUCAAGAUAAUGACCCCUUCUGUGUCUAAAUCAACUUACCUUCCUAUCCCUAUUAUAAUAUUUUUGAGUUGUUUACCCAUACAUUUUUUGCUAUAACAUAUACAGGUUGCAUAGAAACAGUGGGGUUCAUUGAGAAGAACUGGCAAGGGCACUGCAAAUCUGAGGCCAAAGCAGCCGAUCUGGAAAAAUUGCUGAGUUGGAGAAUGUUUCCAGUUCAUUUAUUUUGGCCUGAAAUUUGCAAUUGUCAUGUCAGAUAUCCUCGUUUAGAUAAUAAACUCUUUCUGUAAUACAGGCCCGGACUGGCCAUCGGGCAUACCGGGCAAAUGCCCGGUGGGCCGCGAUGGCUGUGGGGCCGAGGCCGGCAGGGGAGAUCACAGGAUCUCCCCGGCCGGCUCCUGCAGGGCCAGCGCUACCCGAGCGCCGGCCCCGCUGUGUGCCUCCAUGGGCCGGUGGGGAGAUCAAAGAUCUCCCUUUACCGGCCCAGAGACACUUCCAGGCGGCCGCUUGCUGGGGUGUGAGGGAGGGAGGAGAGGACCGGCGGAGCUCUAUCCAGCAGCUCCGCCGGGUCCUCUCGCGGGAUUCUGAGCGUUGCCGCGGUUACCGCAGCAACGCUCAGAUCUCGCGAGAGUGAACUCUAGCCUACAGGCUAGAGUUCACGCUCACCACUAGGACCACCAGGGAUCAGGCAGCAAGGCCUUUCCCAUGGCAGAACGGCCCCCCCCCCCCGUCCCAGGCAAAACGGCCCCCCCCUCCCAGGCUAAAGGUAAGAAGGGAGGGGGGGGAUAUAACUUUUUUUUUUAAAUUAUUAUUAUUAAUUAAAAAAAAUAAAUUUAAAUUAAAAAAAAUCACACUCACACACAUCACCCCCAGACACACACACACACCCCCAGACACACACAUCACCCCCAGACACCACAGCACCCAGACACACACAGUACCCCCAGACACACACAGCACCCAGACACACACAGCACCCCCAGCACACACAGCACCCCCAGACACACACAGUACCCCAGACACACACAGCGCCCCCAGACACACACACAUCCCCCAGACACACACAGUACCCCCAGACAUACACAUCACCCCCAGAAACACACAGCACCCCCAGACACACACAUCACCCUCAGACACACACAUCACCCCCAGACACACAGCACCCCCAGACACACAGACACACACAGUACCCCCAGACACACACAGUACCCCCAGACACACACAGCACCCCCAGACACACAGCACCCCCAGACACACAGCACCCAGACACACAGCACCCAGACACACACAGCACCCUCGCUCACACACACACACACACACAUAUAUAUAUAUAUAUAUAUAUAUAUAUUUACAGAUAUAUAUAUAUAUAUAUAAUAUAUAAAAUAACCCUCAGUGAGUUAACAGACAAAGAAAAUUAGAAUGUGACGGCAGAUAAAAACACCCUCACACACAGCACCCCUCUUACAUACACACACACUGCGCCCCUCACACAUACAAUACGUCCAAAUAUAUAUAUGUAUGUAUAUAUAUAUAUAUAUAUACACACACACACACACUACAGCACUACAUACAUUACGCUCCAGAUACACGCUAGAUCCCUUACCUUAUAUGCACUCUUAAUCCUCUAUACACACACACACACACAAUCUCCUAUACACACUCUGGGUCCUUUACACACUAGAUCUCCUACACACACACUGCACCACCUACACACACACUACAUUCCUUGUCAGCAAACACAUACAACAUUCUCUAAACACACCCUCUCUACAACCCCUACACACACUACGUCACCUAUACACACACACUACAGCCCGUAUGCACACACUCGCUACAUCCCCUAUAACACUAUGCCACCUAUACACACACUCUCUACAGCCCCUAGCCACACAUAUUACACCACAAACACAUAUGAAAUUGACCUAUUUACACAAUACCACACCACACUCUACACACACGCAAUCCCACAAGCAGGCUCCAAACACAUGCACCAUACACUUUCCUGGCCCUUUUGUCCUCUGGUAUCCCACUUGUUGAGACACCAGAGACAAUUUAAAAGCAAACACAGCGCAAGCAAGUUAUUAAAUUUGCUUGCGCUGCGCAGAACAAAUACAGGGCCUUUUUCUAAUGCCAGAGCUCUUCAGCGCAGCUCUGCGCAUUGAACCAACAUUCUCACUUUGAGAGGAGGCGUGCUUGUCAUUAGUGAUGACAAAACACACCCUCUCUGGCCCCGCCCCCUUCUUAGGGGGCCGCUCUGAUUGAAAAAUGCCCGGGCCUAAUUUUUUCCCCAGUCCGGCCCUGCUGUAAUAGUUUGGCUAUAUUUAAAGCCUGCAGAUUUAGAUGAAAUGAUUAAACGCCAGUAUAGUUACUACUUGGCCAUUAAGCCAAAAUGUACCCAUUUCUCCUUAAUUCGCUGUCUAGUGAAUAUACUUGUUACAUUUUUGUUUUACCUAAUUAACAUACAGAAGAUAUUUUAUGCUCCGAUCAUACUGUUUGUGUCCUCUUGCAGGUCAAUGUGUGAAACUGUAUGAAUUCAAGUUCGCACACGAUGAGUUAAACUGUCACUGUCCCUUGCAGUGCAAGUAAGUAAAACAACUUCAACUCGAGUUCAGAUAGGUGCAGCACCUUCCUGUCCUGCUCUUGCUGCCAAGAGGUAGAGGCGAUGAAUUUGAAGCCACAGGGCACAUGACUUUUUUUUUUUCAUUUUUCCUGUGGUCAGAGGAACGAGACGGAAUAUAAUUAGCCCUCGUUUUAGCUGAUCUCAGCAGACAGAAAUCUGUAGUCAACUAUCCCUUUAGAAUCACAUGACGGCUCAGGAAGAGAGGCUGAAACAUUGCUUUAACAGUGCAGUGCCUGUUAGGUUUAAAUAUAUGUUAACCGUUGGGCAUUUUGGAAAUGAAAAUAGUGGAAAAAACGUUUACUGGUUGGGACGAGUGGCCUCAAUCAAAAUAACUCUUUUACCAAGAUUCCUUAAUUUAUUUCAAAGCUUUCCCCUUCCCAUUGACAAAAAAACUGAUUUUAAACAAUUACAAUCCGAAGUUGACAGCUUCAUCUGGAAGGGCAAGACACCCCGGGUCCGUAGAUACUCUAUGGGGGUCUGGGUAUCCCCAAUUUCACCCACUAUUAUAACUCUGCUCAACUCUCAGAUCUAACUAUGGCACGAUUCUGAGUAACAAACUAUUUCCCUUUUUCUGUGCCAUUUCGCACACUACGAGGAAGGAGACAUAACUAGAUUAUUUCACCUAUAUCACCAAUCCCAAAUCAUAACAUAGACAUACCUCCCCAAUCACAAGGAAUUCACCACCUCAGAUUUAUUUUGCUUUAUACAGCUAUGAGAUUUACCCAACUAAGCACGGGAACGCGACUUAGGUUCCUCUGAGGAAUUGAGUGAUUGGUCGGACAUCUAGAAGAUGAUAGGAUCUUUAACUAUUUGUGUUACACACAAAGAACAAGCUUAAAGAUGCUGUUCAGAUGGUCCCUGCUCCUACCAGACUGCACAGAAUUCAAAGACUUACUACAGACGCUUGUUAGAUACAAUGCGGGGAUACCAAUAAUAAAUACAUUUUUGCCUAUCCAUGUCCCUAACUAUCAUCCUUCAUCCCUAACCAAAAGGCCGCCACCCUAGGCAACCUACAGUCAUAUCACUCAGUGCUCUCUUCGGAAGCCCUUCUUAGAGUAACAUAAGCCAUAGCCAUUAGACGUUACCCCAGUUUUGAUUAGAUCUACCCCUUCCCACCACUGAUUUGCAGGGAAACAUAUCAACAACUAAGCAGGUACAAUUUCAUCCUCAGUGCUUAGCGUGCAAAAAGCGACCUGGUGUACGGAAUUAUCUAACCACAAAUGAUUGUUAUACCCAACCCAGGAGAAAUCCCACAACUCUUUAUACACUUUAUUGUACCAAUGGAUGGAUAUUGUAAAUUGAUUCUGUACAAUCCAACCUCCCGCCCCCCUUAUUUUAUUUUAUCCCCAUUUCAUUGUUUCUGCUGGUAUUUUAUAAUUUAUUCUUUGCAAUAUGUAAAUAAAGAAUUUUAAAAAAGGUGUAAGGUUAAAAACAGGAAAUAUAUUUAAAAAAUAAAUAAAAAAGAAGUGGAAACCAAUUACAUUAAUUGCUGUGAUAGCUACCCAUGGCACCAUGUUAAUAGUUAGACUAGAAAAGAGGAACAGAGGGAAUUGGGGCCAAAUUUAGGAGGGCAGUCACUCCUAAAUAGGGACACUUGGGAGGUAUGGUACCUAAUCCCUGGGUCAGGUCUAUGGACCUCCAGUGCUUCAUACAGACAUAUUAUAUGCAUCAGGUACAGGGCUAACAUUGAUAUUUUCUCUUAUUAUCUUAUUCUCUUACAGAGAAGAACUUUACGAACUAACCGUAUCAGGGUCACAGUGGCCGUCCACUGCGUUCAUUGUAAGUUCUAUGCAUUGUUCGCUGUGUAUUGUGUUUGUAACAGUAUUCCACAAGCAUGCAUUGUGCCAUGGGCCAGUGCUUACAAAUGCACGCCUCUGUGUUAGGAUUUGUGUUUUGAUUGCUUUCCAAUUCUGCUGAGGCAUGUAGAACUAUACAUGAGAGGAUCAUGCCAUGUUAUGCCACAUUUUCCCAAAUCCCAGGAACACAUUGGUCCAUGUAGCAUGCAGGCCCUGGGGAUGUUGGGCACUGGAACAAGUGGUCAAACCUGGUUGUGCCUUGGUAUUGGCACCCAAGUUGUGGUGGUGUAGUACAAUAUCUUAAUGAAAGUCUAGAUCUUUGUGCCCAAUACCCACCUGGAGACAGAGGAAAACAGAAUCUCCGAUCUCUGUUAAUUAAAAUUCCCAGUUUAGCGAAUAAUCCUCAUUACCAAUUUACCACCUAGCACAAAAUACAAUGGUAGUGCAUCAUUCGACGCUAUUAAGCAAAGUGUACUGGGCAUUGAGCCCAUGACCGAGCCCUGCAACAGAGCUCUGCACAAAAUCUGCCCCUUGUGGGUCCAAUGAGGACUUGCUCCCUUUUUGAGCAGUGUACCCACUUUUCACCCUUAUUGCAUUCCCACUGUAGGACCCACUCUGUCCUGUAUCAAUACUUCCUGAUACAUUUUGAACAAUAACAUAUUUUUCAUAUACAAACCGAUUUUAAAACAGAUAUACUAUAUUUUAAAGACGUCUUACUGUUAGUGUCAUUAUCUUUGUUGCGGAGCUGCAAUUUUAUAAUCCCAGGAUCUCUGCUGUUAGAAUGCAAUAACCAAGUACAAAGCUGGAAGCAGGCAAUAUUCCCAAAUCCUCCCAAGAACCAGACGAAACACAGUCUGAGAGUCAACCUCCACUUUAUUCAAAAAGACUGAUAUUUAAAGCAGGUCACUCAACUGUCACUUUAUUAAAAAUAACUGAUAUUUAAAGCAGGUCACUCAACAGGGGUUUCCAAAGAUGGGCAGCAGGGGUUUUGGUUGAGGGGACUGGAGGGAGACUACCGUUUCCAGGUCCUCCUCCCAACAGCCCCUGCUGUAACAUACAGUAAUGAAAACUACGAGGACAUAAACCGUUACCUUUCUACUUCAAAAUAUACAACUUAGUCAGUUUUAAUAGCAAUGCUAACGAAUGGGGAGGAUUCGAACAGACAUACACAGUACAGCAUAAAUUAAACAUAGCCGGAGACGCCACACUAUACCGGCGCGCAGUACACAACAGAAAAUAGGCACAACCAUUCUAUCUUAGGCAGUCCCAAGUGGCUAGGUUUGCCACAAUGCUCCCCCAAAACCAAGCCGGCAUACACAGUCUGAUCCCAACGGAUCGGCUUGGGGAUGUCCGGGGGAGUGCUCACAGAUCAUUUCUCAAGUUCUGUCUGUCUGGACAACCCAUCGGCGUUACCAUUCUGUUUUCCAGGGCGAUAAUGGAUCGUGAAAUCAAACGGCUGCAGCGCCAAACUCCAGCGCAACAGCCGGGCAUUGUCUCCUGACACCCUGUGUAGCCACACCAACGGGUUGUGAUCUGUGAGCAAGGAGAAUGGUUGUCCAUACAAAUAAGGUUGUAACUUUUUGAGGGCCCACACCACGGCCAGGCAUUCCUUCUCGAUGGCGGCAUAGCCUACUUCCCAUGGUAGUAAUUUUCUGCUUAAGUAAGCUACGGGAUGUUCUCUGCCAUCAGCUCCCACUUGGCUCAGUACUGCCCCCAAUCCAAACAUGGAAGCGUCUGUGUGAACAAGAAAUCGUUUAGUUGGAUCAGGGGCAGUUAACACAGGAGCCUUAGUUAAUGCAGUUUUUAGUUCAUGGAAUGCCUGUUCACACUCUGGGGCCCAGUUGACCUGUCGUGGCAAGUUUUUCUUGGUCAAGUCCGUCAGGGGUUUGGCCAGGGCGCUGUAAUUGGGCACAAAUUUUCUGUAGUAACCAGCGGUACCAAGGAACGCCAAUACUUGUGUCUUUGUCCUGGGGGUAGGCCACUUAGCUACUGCCUCUAUCUUGGCCGGUUCGGGCCUCUGCUGUCCGCAUCCUACCCUGUGACCCAGGUACUGCACCUCUGCCAUCCCUAUGUGACACUUGCUAGGUUUUAGUGUCAGCCCUGCCUCUCCAAUACGGUCAAUGACCACACUAAUAUGUUUCAAAUGAUCUGCCCAGGUCUGGCUAUAAAUGGCUAUAUCAUCUAAGUACGCACAGGCGUACUCUUGGAACCCGUCCAGUAGCCGAUCUACCAUCCUCUGAAAGGUAGCCGGAGCGUUUUUCAUCCCGAAAGGCAUGACCCGAAAUUGAUACAGGCCAAACGGGGUGACAAACGCCGACUUGGGGAUGGCCUCCUCGGCUAGUGGAAUCUGCCAGUAUCCCUUACACAGAUCAAUGGUAGUGAGAUACUGGCCUCUUGCCAUCCUAUCUAGCAGCUCGUCUAUACGGGGCAUCGGGUAGGCGUCAGACACUGUUUUGUCAUUGAGCCUCCGGUAGUCUACACAAAACCGCGUGGUGCCAUCCUUCUUGGGUACUAGCACUACCGGUGAUGCCCAGGGGCUAUCUGAAUGUUCGAUAACCCCUAACUGCAACAUUUCCUCAAUUUCUUUCCUCAUGUGCUCCCUUACUGCUUCAGGGAUACGAUACGGAGUCUGUCUCAUAGGGAGCUGUCCUGGGGUCUCUACUCGGUGGGUAGCUAACAGAGUGUACCCUGGUAAAUUGGAGAAGGUAGCACCUUUUGCCGCAAUCAACUCCUGUACCUGGGCACGCUCCUGGAGACUUAGCCGCUCCCCCAGCUGCACACCUGUAGCGUUUUCUGCAGAAUCUUCCUUUUCUAACAUGUCUGGCAAGGGCAGAUUCUCAUAAUCCUCAGUGGCUGGGGCACAGAUGGCUGCUACCUCCUCUAUUCUCUGGUGAUAGGGUUUGAGCAUGUUCACAUGGAGCAUGCGUCGUUUCCCUACCCCAGAGCACGGGCCGAUCACAUAAGUGGUGUCACAUCUCUGUUCUACCACUUGGUAUGGGCCCUGCCAGGUGGCCUGUAGCUUGUCUGUGCGGACAGGUUUCAAAAUUAGAACUUUCUGUCCCACCUGAAAGCUACGGUCUCUGGCUCCCCUAUCGUACCACCGGCGCUGUCGCCGCUGAGCCGCCCGGAGGUUCUCCCGUACGGUUUGGGUUAGAGCCUCCAAGCGGUCCCGGAACUCCAGCACGUAUGGCACAAUGGGGACUCCAUCUGCACUGCUCCCCCCCUCCCAAUGUUCUCUAAUUAAGUCUAGGGGUCCCCUCACCCUUCUCCCAAACAAUAACUCAAACGGAGAGAAGCCGGUAGAUUCCUGUGGCACUUCUCGGUACGCAAAAAGCAGAUGGGGUAAAAACCUCUCCCAGUCUUUAUGGGACUCCCCAAAUGUCCUGAGCAUCUGCUUCAAGGUACCGUUAAAGCGCUCACACAACCCAUUGGACUGCGGGUGAUAGGCAGAAUUUACAAUUGGCUUAAUGCCACAUAACUUCCAUAGCUGGUGGGUCACUUCGGCUGUAAAUUGGGUCCCCCUAUCCGAAAUUAUCUCUUGGGGAAAUCCCAUCCUGGAAAAUAUCUUCAUCAUAGCUUCGGCUACCGUUUCUGCUUGUAUAUUGGAAAGGGCUAUAGCCUCCGGGUACCGGGUGGCAUAAUCUACAAUGGUCAGAAUAUACCGCUUGCCGGAAGGGCUAGGCUUGGACAGUGGUCCUACUAUAUCCACUGCUACUCUGCUAAAGGGUUCUUCAAUAAUGGGAAGGGGGCACAAUUUCGCUUUGUGGCGGUCACCCCUUUUUCCCACUCUCUGACAAAUGUCACAUGUCUGACAAUACUGUCUCACAUCUCUAGAUAUACCUGGCCAGAAAAAUGCAUGUGUCAAUCUGUACCUCGUUCUUGUCAUCCCUAAAUGCCCAGACAGCGGAAUAUCGUGGGCAAUUCUAAGCAGUUCCUGCCGGUAUUUCUGGGGCACUAUAAGCUGCUUAUUAGUCACAUGUACAGACCCCCCUACCACCCGCUCAGCAACACGAUAUAACAGAUUUUUCUCCCAUACAUACUGUUCUCCCUCUAAACCUGUCUGACCAGCUGUCGCCUUAUCCUUAUAAAUUUGCAACGUGGGAUCGUUUUUAACCUCUGCCUCAAAGUCAGUCGGGGUAUCCCAGGAAACACGGGUUACACGGGGUACAUUGUCUCUUACCUGAGCCUCAGAGUGUGUGGAAGAUGAAGCCGUGGUGCGAGCCUGCUGACGGGUGGUCACUGGAUAUGCCUCAUGGCGAGGACUUUGGGGCACAAAAGCGGAAGUCAUUUGCCCCAGGUCAUUCCCCAAAACAACAUCAGCUGGUAACUUGUGCAUCAGCCCCACCUCCACCAUACCUUCCCCCGCACCCCAAUUCAGAUGUACCUUGGCAGUUGGUAGCCGGUACAUGGCACCCCCUGCUACCCGGACUGCUACCGAUCCCCCGGUAUGUGCUGAUCCUGACACCAAAUGCGGGGCAACCAAAGUUAAGGUAGCGCCGGAAUCACGUAGCCCCUGUACCUCUUUCCCUUCCAGAGUCACGGUCUGGCAAUGUGGUUGUCGGUUGUCAGUAGCAUGGAUGGACAUUACAUCGUGCAAAACGCCCAGGGGUUCAUCAGCCAACUCAAGCGGCACUCCUGGCAAAGUUGGCUCUGCAUGAUAAUAAUGAGCAGCUGCCCGCGGGGCCAUAUUCUGCCGGAGCUGAUUCCAGUUCUUGCGGCUCCGGUUUUGGGUGCACUCCCGGGCCAUGUGCCCCCAUUGCUUACAGGCAUGGCACUGGAUGUUGGACCUGCCAUUAUAACGGGAGUGGGGAGGUUGUCCCACAAGUGCUGGUCUGGAUGGUGCUGUCGCUGGGGCAGGAGCAAUAACUGGAAACGGUUGCGGGUUGGGUUUUGCAUACCCUCGGUUAUUAUUUUUAUGAUGCCUCCUAGCAUCAUAAUGUUGGUCGGCCAAUCGUGCCGCUUCGGUUAGGGUGUGAGGAUUUCGGUCAUUCACCCAUUCUUGAGCCUCUGGUGCCAGGCCAUUACAAAACUGCUCCAGUAGCAACAUCUGGCGUAACUCUUCCAUGGUGGUAGCUCUGCUGGCUUGUAUCCAGCCUUGUGAGGCUUGGUCAAGCUUGUGUGCCCACUCCGCAUGUGAGUCUUUGUCCCCUUUUUUCAAUUCUCGGAACUUGCGCCGGUAUGCCUCUGGGGUAAUGGCAUACCUUUCUAAUAGCGCCUGCUUUACCUUGUCAUAAUUCUUGCUGUCCUCUCUGGGUACAGCCCGGUAGGCGUCUGCUGCACGCCCAGACAGUUUGCCUGCCAACAAAGGUACCCACAUAGCUUGCUCUACAUCAUGCAAGUCACACAAUCUUUCAAAAUAUUGCAAGAAUCCAUCUAUUUCGUCUUUAUCCUCGCAAAAAGUUUUAAAUGCAUGAUGUGGUAUUUUUGGCCUUCCCUGGCCCACAGUUGAAACAGCAGCGGUUUCUGCUUGAGGUGAGAAGGCUUGAUUCCUUUGCGCCAUCACGUACUCCUGUGCAUCCGCCGAAAUUAUGGUCAUAAUUUCUGGAGAUACUGGAGCGGGCCAAAAUGCCAAUCUUGUCCUCAUUUCUCGUUCAAAUGGGGUCUCCUCCAUGUUUGCUGGGGGUGUAGCACUACGAGCUCGGUCUCCUUCCAUUAGCUCGGCAAUAAAUCUUGCUUUAGGCUUAUUGCUGGCUAUCUUACCCCUGGCUUCCAACAGCUCCUUUAACGUUUGCCGUUUCAAUAUGGUGUAGUCCGUCCCCAUUCACUUCUGCAUCUGUAUCAAUUGCCUUCUGCUUUCCAGUAUGUCAAUUCCAAUUGUAUAAACAGCGUUUUUCCUGCUGUACGGUUGGAUCCCGCCGCUUGCCACCAAUUGUUGCGGAGCUGCAAUUUUAUAAUCCCAGGAUCUCUGCUGGUAGAAUGCAAUAACCAAGUACAAAGCUGGAAGCAGGCAAUAUUCCCAAAUCCUCCCAAGAACCAGACGAAACACAGUCUGAGAGUCAACUGUCACUUUAUUAAAAAUAACUGAUAUUUAAAGCAGGUCACUCAACAGGGGUUUCCAAAGAUGGGCAGCAGGGGUUUUGGUUGAGGGGACUGGAGGGAGACUACCGUUUCCAGGUCCUCCUCCCAACAGCCCCUGCUGUAACAUACAGUAAUGAAAACUACGAGGACAUAAACCGUUACCUUUCAACUUCAAAAUAUACAACUUAGUCAGUUUUAAUAGCAAUGCUAACGAAUGGGGAGGAUUCGAACAGACAUACACAGUACAGCAUAAAUUAAACAUAGCCGGAGACGCCACACUAUACCGGCGCGCAGUACACAACAGAAAAUAGGCACAACCAUUCUAUCUUAGGCAGUCCCAAGUGGCUAGGUUUGCCACAAUCUUGUUGUUUAAAAAAUUAUGAUUUCUCUGACGAAUCGGAUCCUAAUGUGGGACCAUUCUUAAAAAAUUUGGGGUGACGUACAAUUUAAUGGAAAAUUUAUGUAACAGUAAAUGCAUAAUUUGACUAUUUGGUGAAAGGUGUUGAAUUAUAGGAUUAUGCUGUAGGGGGAUUUGUGGUUUAUACCAGAAUGUGAAUAUUAAUCGUGUGCACUAAUCCAUUGUAUGCUGUGCCAAUAAUCUUAGGAGAAUUUUGCCAAAGAGUUGAAGGAGAUGGGAGGUCACAUGAAAGAUAUUGCUGAUAACCCAGCUCUUAUCAGGUAGGAAAAUAUGUUCCGUACCAUUGGACAAUGAGAUGGGAUAAAAAUUCAGAAAAAUUAUGUAAAUGUUUAAUUUACUUUCUCAUCCUUUACAAGAAUAUUGGUUAUAAUAUUUUAAGAUAUUUAGAGGCAGGACCUGAAAUAAUAGCAUUCGAGCAGUAAUGCAAUUUUGUUUAAACAUACAGCAGCUGUAGGUGACAAAAACAAAUGUAUUAAAAUAGUCAAAAUUUCAGCUUUUAAAUAUUAGUAAGGAGCACUGCAAUUUCAUGCACUAGCAAUAGUCUAUAAAAUAAAGACUAUAUGUGGGAAUAAAGUCUAUUUCUAUUCGUACAGUUACACUAAACUAAUGCCUAUACAGGGGUUUACAAGAUCACAUACCAUCUUACAUAAAAUAAUAUUUAUACUAAACUCUCACCUUCUCUUUGCUUUACAGAGAUAACUUUGUGAAAGUCGUCGUUUACUUUAAGCAGCUAAACUUUGAGUUAAUUGAGGAGGAACCAUCAAUGACGGUAAUGAGACUCUACAAAACAGUCUGUUUAAUGAGUAGAAAUAUCCCAUAUUGAAAUGUUCUUAAUAAAAAUGAUGCCAGAUUACAUAGAUGUUUUGUUAGAUGUUAAACAAUGAAUAAAAGAAUCAAACCUUAAUCUAAUCAUUGAGGACCUCCAACAGUUCAUUUUUAAUUCACACCCGAGUGAAAUAGAAUUGGGUGAUUGGAGUAGGUUUGGAUUGUUGGUGGUCUUCGAUUUCCAGUUUGAGAUACAAUGGCUGUUCUAGAUAAAAAAUAGUUGUAUCUAAAGAUAACAAAUCUUAAUAUUUUAUUCUCAAUGUUUCUUUCCAAAGGAAAUUAACUUGAUUUCAAACAUGGGGGGUCUUGUAGGCCUCUGGGUGGGCUUCUCUGUCUGCACUCUGGCCGAGUUCUUCGAGCUGUUUUUGGAUGUCUUACUGCUCUUUAUCCGGAGAUGUCUGAGGACACAAGGGAAUCGAGAAGGAUACUCUAACCCAUACGUCCAAAAACAGAAUCCUAUUUACCUCCAGAGGACCACAAAACUUUAAAAGGGAGCGUGUGUGGCUGUCAUAUUAGUGUUGCAUGAAAACAAUAGCAAGUAAGAAGUGCAAGGUAUUAAAAAUAAAACGAAAGAAUACAUGGAACUGAAAUCAAACAAAUACAAAAACGUUUGCCUUAAAUAUUGUCUUGCUUAGUACAAUCAUACAAUACAUAUCAAAUCAGGCAACCCGCGCAUGCUUCAUAACAUCAGAGGUAUUAGUACAUUGGUAGAAACCCUCAUACUGUGGGAAGAAAGAGAAUGCGGAGUUAAAAGCUGUAUCAUUUGCAUUGUGCUGACUGCAGUACGGAUUUUGUUCAUUUUGCAAUCACAGUGGAGAUGUUUAGUGAAAUAUGAACCGUUUUCAGUCCUCAGAACAUACAUUUUCUAUGCUCUUUUACAUGCCCUUAGGGAUGCUAUGGUAGUUAGGUCACAGAGAAUAAAAAACACAAGAAAGAGCAAACACUACAGGAAUGGAAUUCACUUAUGUAGCACUGUGUGCUGUGAAUUUAAAAUGUAGUUCAAUACUACCUGCGGUGACCUUGUUAGCCAUCAUUACACUGAAACAUGCUAUUUUUAUAGAUAUUCUGAGAGCAACACCUUAAUACCCGUGCUGAGAUAUUAGAUUGUGAGCUCUUUGAGACAGACGCUAACCCUUUUUGUUAAAAAUCUUCUCUCCUGUGUGAUAUAUUUCUUAUAUGUAUGGUUAUCUGUUUGAUCUAUAACAUGUAGAAUAUUCCAUGGAUUUAUAGAAAUAAAG